CAUUGGCUGGCAUCAUAAAGCAAUUGACCAUUGAACAGUGAAAACGUAUUUCAUAUAGCAGUACUUUGAAACUUACAUUAUAUUAAAAUGUCAAUAAAUAAUUUUGUUAAAAUCAGUGCGAAUAUUCAGUAUAGGAAUUCAAAAUGGUUUAUUAAUCAAGUACGAUUUUUUACAAUUAAUACGACAGACCUCCCGAAAAUGCCAGACUGCAAAUAUAUAUCUUCUAAUUACACGGGUAGUAAUUACGAAGAUAUGAAAACAGCAUACAACUCAACUGUGUCCCCUUCUUUAAAACCAUUUUAUAAAGAACCCUUAAUUAUACACGAAGGUAAAAAACAAUGGUUAUGGGAUCAUCUCGGGAAACGUUAUUUAGAUAUGUUUGGGGGUGUUGCCACAAUAUCUGUUGGACAUGCUCAUCCGAAAAUAGUAGCUGCCAUAACUGAACAAACAGCAAAAUUGAAUCACGUGUCCUCUGUGUAUAUGCACCCUCGUCUAUAUGAAUAUGCAAAAAAAUUAGCUAAAAAGUUUCCUGGUAAACUGAAAGUAGUCUACUUAACAAAUAGUGGUUCAGAAGCAAAUGAAUUAGCAUUUUUGAUGGCUAGAGUUUAUACGCGUAACAACAAUAUCAUUUCUUUAAAAAAUGGUUAUCAUGGAGCAACUUAUGGGACUGUAGCAUCUACUGCGAUAAGUACUUGGAGAUACCCAAUUAUUGUACAACCAUCUGGAUAUUUACAUGUAGGAUAUCCAGAUGUUUACAAAGGUCAAUGGGGUGGAUCAAAAUGCAGAGAUUCCAUAGUACAAGCAAGCAGACAUUGCGAUUGUAGUCAGGAAAAGUGUGUAGCAUCGGACAAGUAUUUCUGUGACUUUGCAGAAACCUUUUGUUUCAGCUUGCCUCGCACAGAAAGCGUAGCAGCGUUCAUAGCUGAAAGUAUUCAGGGAGUAGGAGGAGUUGUACAAUACCCCAAAAGUUUCCUUCAGAAAGUAUACGAUCACGUCCGCAGCAAAGGCGGCCUUUGCAUAGCGGACGAAGUUCAAACUGGGUUCGGCAGAACUGGUGAAUAUUUUUGGGGUUUUGAGGGCCAUGGUGUGGUACCUGAUAUAGUGACAUUGGCGAAAGGUAUAGGAAAUGGAUUUCCUUUGGGCGCAGUAGUUACCAGCGCCGAAAUAGCCAAUAGUUUAAACACCGCGCUACAUUUCAACACGUUUGGGGGAAAUCCCGUUGCAUGCGCCGUGGGAACAACAGUUCUUGACAUUAUCGAGGAAGAAAGACUUCAAGAGAACGCAGAUAUAAUUGGCACUUAUCUGAUCAAUCGUUUGAAUACCUUAUUGCUAGAGUUCCCUAAUAUUGUCGGGGAUGUUAGGGGAAAAGGACUAAUUAUUGGCGUGGAAUUAAUUUCAAAUCCAGAAACAAAGCUACCAUUGAAAAAUGAACAUAUCCUCGACAUUUUCGAAAAUAUAAAAAAUAUGGGUGUCCUCCUUGGUAAAGGAGGAUUACAUGGAAAUGUGCUGAGAAUAAAACCACCUUUGUGUGUAACAAAAGAGGAUGCGGAUUUUACUUUUGCAGUGAUCAAAAAGGCAUUAGAGGAACAUCAGGAGAAAUACUCAAAGGUAUAAUUAAUGUAGGUAAUUUUAAACAAAGUACAAAUGAGAAGGGCAGAUGAAUACAAUCCCAUUUAUUUGGUGUAGUCAUUAAGAUUUACAAUUAUGUUAUGUUACAAUUUGUACAAUAUAGUUUCUUAUGACACUAUUAAGCUUAAGUUAGCAUGCAAACUGCGAGACUAUUGUAAGUGAUAGUAAUUAUUCACAUUUUCUUUACCUUUUGUACAUUUUUCAUAAUUUAGGAAAAGAAUACACUACAUUUUUAUGAAGAUGAAUGACAAUAUUUACGUUAGAUUAAAAAAUAAUUAUAUGCUGACCUAUUAACAAAUUAAAGUAAAAAUUUGUGAUAUUUUCAAUUGUUAUAGCUUCAGUCUUCUCGAUCAAAUGCAUUCCGAAUUUUAUGUUGUAGUAGCUUUUGCAUCUUCAUCAGUAUAACAAGCGAUUGCAUACAUUUUAAAAAUAUAAAUAUUUUCGACAUUUUUUAUCUUAAGCAUGUCACAGAAAGUAGAAUAUAUACAUAAAUCAAGGUAUUAAAAUGAAUUUUUCUCUAAAUAAAUGUUUUUCUAUUCAUUCAGAUUUAGAAAUUCGUAAAUUCACUCUAAAUUUAUUUUAAUAAUUUUAGUUUCAAUGCUUCAGAACCUCCAUGUUUUGUGUACACUUUUAACUGUUUUUCAUGUUCAAGCUUUCAAGUUAUGUAACAUGUUCUGAAGACAAUUAAUCUUUUGGAAGACUUGCUCUUGAACAGAUUAUGUAAAGAUAAACGUAAAAAAAUACAAUGUUAUUGAUAGUAUGUUAUUAACAAAUAUAAAUAAAACGAAAUUUCUGUAUAGUAAAUGAAGACAUAAGACAUGGAGAUUUUUUACAUUUGGAAAUAAAAUUUGGCACAAAAUAUAUAUAUGUAUAUAUAAUCAUACAUUAAAAAAGCUGCAAACGUGAAACGUUAUUUGUCUUUGUUAUUGCCUAGAAACUUUAGCUAUAUUUAAUUCGAUAGCUAUUACUUAAUUACUGUUUGUAUCACAAAAUAUUCAGUUCUUUUAUAAUAACAUUAUCCACGGAAAAAUGAUUGUAUAAUUGUUUUUCUAUUUAACGAUUAAAUGACAUUAGUUUUUAUAUUAACUUAUGUGGUCCAGUGAUAAAGUAUUAUCAUAAAAAUGUUGAAUUUGGAUAAGGAAUACUAAAACAUAAUACAUAACAUGUAGUUACCUACUGUAGAAAUGAAAUUUGGAUGUGAACAUUAGGCAAGUAAAUUUGUCAACACUAUUUUUGAGUCUGGUAAUGUAUCAAGAAGAUAAUGAGAUGA